CGUUCCCGCCCCCGCCCCCUCUUCAUUGCGGACCCUCCCCGUACCCUCUGUCACCUCACAGUAGUCGUUGCCGGUAGCCGCUGCUGGUGCGCGAGCAGCGCAGGGCCGCCUCUCCCCCGCCCCGCAGACCGGGCCCGGGCUCGGUUCCUACCCCGCUCCCACCUCUCCCCACCCCCGUCGGGUACGGGAAGGUCCCAGCCGCUGCCGGGUCCCCGAGGGCCGAGGACCAUCGUGGUCGCCACCACGGGUCCUCAUGGAGCCGCCGCAUUUGUAUCCCGUGAAGCUCUACGUGUACGACCUGUCCAAGGGCCUGGCCCGGCGGCUUAGCCCCAUCAUGCUGGGGAAACAACUGGAAGGCAUCUGGCACACCUCCAUAGUUGUACACAAGGAUGAGUUCUUCUUUGGCAGUGGCGGCAUCUCCAGCUGUCCCCCGGGAGGAACAUUGCUUGGGCCUCCAGACUCUGUGGUUGAUGUGGGGAGCACUGAAGUGACUGAAGAAAUCUUUCUGGAGUACCUGUCCUCCCUGGGGGAGUCUCUGUUCCGAGGUGAAGCCUACAACCUCUUUGAACACAACUGUAACACCUUUAGCAACGAAGUGGCACAGUUCCUGACCGGGCGGAAGAUCCCAUCUUACAUCACUGACCUGCCCUCUGAAGUCCUUUCCACGCCCUUCGGACAAGCCCUCCGGCCCCUCCUGGACUCCAUCCAGAUCCAGCCUCCUGGAGGGAACACGGUGGGCAGGCCCAAUGGCCAGAGCUAACCAGACUGCUCGGGACGCCCCCCUGCCCUGCAGGGAUUUUCCUUUUUAAACACAGCAAACCCUACCAAAUUUCUAUUUUAUAAUUUUACAUCGGAGCUAACAACCAGGGGACGGCUUUUUACAUUUCCCAAGGAAGGAGCUCAUCAGGCUGCAUGUAGGACAAUGCUGCUAAGAAAUGAAACAAAACGCCCCCCCUCGAAUAGUAUUAUACUAAUUUAUUAAGGCUGUCUUGUCUGUGAGUUCACUUUUGACGCUGUUUCCUAAGCGUCCUCCGCACUGGAGAAAGGAAGGGGGUUUGUUUUAGCAGUAGACAAGAGGGACAGUUUGGGGGAGCCUCAACCUAGAACUUCUUUCCAGAGAAUACCCACCCAGAUUGCCACACCUGCAGGACCAGGGAGUUCUCCAACACCCAUGACUCGGAAGCAGUUACUGUUAUCAUUAAAUGAACCAAAGGAUGCGGUGCACAUGGGGCCGGUUGCAGGAUGACUAACCUGAUCUCCGUGAGCUUUCACCAGACCUCUGUCACCUUCCCUCCUCUGCCGCAAGCAUGGGCCCAGGGCUGCAGCAAUCACAGCCUCAGAAUCAGAGGACAGUGACAGCCAGUACCAGGCCAGAGAAACAGGAUAAAGCCAUUCCUCUUCCCACCCAGACUGGUGCCAAUCCUCCGCCAUUGAUUUGGGAAACCCGCCUUGCUGCAUGCCAGUGAGGCUGCUGUUCCUGAGCUAUCGGACCUGCCACAAUCAACGGGUUAGGCCAGAACUGCAGAUACCCAGGGCUUCUGUCUGCAGAGAAACCACACCCAGCCCUGUAUGCAUUGUUCAGUUAGGGACUGAGGGGACACAAGUCCCAGGUGAGGAGAUGUAGAAGGAAUAUGAUGCAGAAUCAAGGUGGCAAGAAAAUGAUGUUGUUUCCAGUAGGACUUCUCCAUUGUCCUGAGGAGAAGGAUAUGCACUUUGAGGGUGCAUAUCCUUUUCAUUAUCAUUCUGGCUCUAAGGAGGUGCUGCUGGGGUGUGAGUGGGCAUUUUACUAAUGACUUACUGCUGAGCUUAUAGACAGCAGUCUGGAAGUUUCAGAUCUGGGCCGCUUUUCAGACUGUUUCUCACAAGCUCCCGUGGGCAAUAGGGGGGCGAGUGGGAGAGACUCAGAGCUGCCUGCCUGCGCCCUCCUGCCGUGGCUCCCUGCCCCUCUAAAAUUUGAGUCCAUCUGCUCCUUCCAGGACAGGGCCCUUUCCUCCCUAAACUCUGCUCAACCCAGCCCCGCCCCUGCGGUCUGCCAUUAGCUAUAGCAGUUGGCAUCAUCAGGGUCCCAGCUAGAGGAAAAGAUGUCGUUCUGCCUUGGUGUCUGCCUGUGACCUGAGCAGGGGCAUGUCCAGCUGGUAUCAAGUGGCAUUUUAGAAUUUAAGGCCAGGCCAAAUAAGUGAGCAGCUUAUUUCUCAGACUUAACGUGUAGUAGUGAUAAGUCAGAGCAGAAGGCAGCAGGCUUGCUUGGUGCUGACCUACUGGCACCUUCAAAGAGAACGGGUGUCAGGCUGGGUUUCUUCCCAAAGGGUGGCCGGUUGGCCUAGGCCACUGCCCAGUGUCCCCCUUUCCCAUCUGCCUGAAGCGUUCAUCUCUAUGCAGAGGGUGCCGAGCUUUUCUCCUUGUCUCGUGUCUGGGCUCAGCUGGUUUUGCUCCUUCCAGCAGUCACCUUCACCCCCAGGGCUGAGCUCUCCUGAGUGACUCCUGGAGGGAAUUAAGAGUCACUUGAUUCCUUGAACGCUGCCCUUCAUGCCCAGCAGCCAUUUGUGCCAAUGCCUGUGCCCUGGGUUGUGGAAGAUGGAAGGGUUGGCAAGCAGUGACCAAGGGCUGUGGGGGGCAAGCAGUCCUCCCCUGUGCAAGUCUUGCAGAAGCCAGGCCUGGGCUAGGCCCCCCAGCACCAUCCCACAUUUCCGUCCAUCCCAGAACCUCAGGAGCACACAGGACUAGCCAGCUCCAUAUGGGUGCACUUGUGACACGGUUAGAGGUGCACUGACAGAGAGGGACGGAAGGAGGAGAGCUGAGACCAUCACUCCUCCCAGAAAGAUAGCUCAGACCUUUGAGAUUGCGUUAUGCCCUUGAAGUCAGGUUGAUAAUUGUGUCUUGUACAGGGGUGUUUGCUAGUUUUCAUUGGUGUUUUUCUAAUGCAAUAAACUCAUUUCUGCCUGCUGCA